CGGCCGCAGCUCCAAGCCCGAAAGGCUCCUACUAGUCCCGGUACCCGCUGCCCGGCUCCUGUGCGCAGCCAGGCAGGCAGGCGUUCGAUCCACCUGCCCGACCCCAUCCCGCCUGACCCUCCGCCCCUAAGGUAUACCUGUUUCUCACCUCAGCAACUCUGCAUAUCACACCACACCACAACCAAAUAUCCAGUCACCAUCCACCAACAACCAGCCUGUCUCACCUUGCUCCCUCCGUUCCCUCUGGAUCUUUUUGUAAUUUUGAGUAAACUUCCAGGACUAUGAAAGAUUAUGAUGAACUUCUCAAAUAUUAUGAAUUAUAUGAAACUAUUGGGACAGGUGGCUUUGCAAAGGUCAAACUUGCCUGUCAUAUCCUCACUGGAGAAAUGGUAGCAAUAAAAAUCAUGGAUAAAAAUGCUCUAGGGAGUGAUUUGCCCAGGAUCAAAACGGAGAUUGAUGCCUUAAAGAACCUGAGACAUCAGCAUAUAUGUCAACUCUACCACGUGCUUGAGACAGCCAACAAAAUAUUCCUGGUUCUUGAGUACUGCCCUGGCGGGGAGCUGUUUGACUACAUAAUCUCCCAGGACCGCUUGUCAGAGGAGGAGACCCGGGUCGUCUUCCGUCAGAUAGUAUCCGCCGUUGCUUAUGUGCACAGCCAGGGCUAUGCUCACCGGGACCUCAAACCGGAAAACUUGUUGUUUGAUGAAUAUCAUAAAGUAAAACUGAUUGACUUUGGUCUCUGUGGGAAACCCAAGGGUAACAAGGAUUACCAUCUACAGACAUGCUGUGGAAGUCUGGCUUAUGCAGCACCUGAAUUAAUACAAGGCAAAUCAUAUCUUGGAUCAGAGGCAGAUGUUUGGAGCAUGGGCAUACUGUUAUAUGUACUUAUGUGUGGCUUUCUACCAUUUGAUGAUGAUAAUGUCAUGACUUUAUACAAGAAGAUUAUGAGAGGGAAAUAUGAAGUUCCUAAGUGGCUCUCUCCCAGUAGCAUUCUGCUUCUUCAACAAAUGUUGCAGGUGGACCCAAAGAAACGAAUUUCUAUGAAAAAUCUUUUGAGCCAUCCCUGGAUCAUGCAAGAUUACAAUUGUCCUGUAGAGUGGCAAAGCAAGAAUCCUCAUAUUCACCUUGAUGAAGACUGUGUAAUAGAACUUUCUGUACAUCACAGAAACACCAGACAGGCAAUGGAGGAUUUAAUUUCACUGUGGCAAUAUGAUCACCUCACAGCUACCUAUCUUCUGCUUCUAACCAAGAAAACUCGGGGAAAACCGGUUCGCUUAAGGCUUCCUUCUUUUUCCUGUGAACAAAGCAACACUACUCCAUUCACACACAUUAAGUCAAAGAAUCUGAGUCUAGAAGAUAUGACCACAAAUGAUGAAAAUGAUGCAAAUGGGCUAGUAGACCAUGAAUGGUGUGAAGAAAGUUCAUCAACAGGUGUGGCUACUCCCCAAACACCACAGUUUGCCAAGCAUUGGACAGAAUCAAAUGGUCUGGAAUCUAAAUCAUUAACUCCAGUAUUAUGCAAAGCAUCUGCCAAUAAAUUAAAGAACAAAGAGAAUGUAUAUACUCCUAAGUCUGCUGCAAAGAAUGAAAAGUACUUUGUAUUUCCUGAGCCAAAGACUCCAGUUAAUAGGAAUCAGCAUAAAAGAGAAGUACUCACUACACCGAAUCAUUGCACUACACCCUCAAAAGUUAGAAACCAGUGCCUGAGAGAAACCCCAAUUAAAACACCAUUAAAUUCAGCAGGAGAAGAGAAGCUAAUGACAGGUGUCAUUAGUCCUGAGAGGCGGUGCCGUUCAGUGGAACUGGAUCUCAACCAAGUACAUGUAGAGGACACGCCAAAAAGAAAAGGAACUAAAGUGUUUGGGAGCCUUGAAAGGGGGUUGGAUAAGGUUAUCACAGUGCUUACCAGGAACAAAAGGAAGGGCCCUGCCAAGGACGGGAUAAGAAAACGAAAGCUUCACUAUAAUGUGACUACAACCAAAUUAGUGAAUCCAGAUCAACUCCUGAAUGAAAUCAUGUCUGUUCUUCCAAAGAAGCACGUUGACUUUGUACAAAAGGGCUAUACACUGAAGUGUCAAACACAGUCAGAUUUUGGCAAAGUGACAAUGCAGUUUGAACUAGAAGUGUGCCAGCUUCAAAAACCCGAUGUGGUAGGCAUCAGGAGGCAGCGGCUUAAGGGUGAUGCCUGGGUUUACAAGAGAUUAGUGGAAGACAUCCUGUCUAGCUGCCAGGUGUGACUGAUGGGUGAUUUCCAUCCUGCUGGGGGAGUGUGGGUGUGACCCAGCCUACAUGGAGGCCAGGGUGAUGGUUUGAUUUUUAAAGUCCCUUGGAAUGACACAUUCUUUUCUAAAGAACUGUCUUAAAGACCAGUAUCUUGUUUUUAAGCAAAAGAUAUUGUUUUGUGGAUCAGUCUAAGACAAGCCCAUCUGUCAUUCUCUGUUUCUGUCUUUUUUAAUCACGUGGCUUUGUAUAUUAAUAACUGUUGACUUUCCUAUAUUCACUUCCAUAUGUGAUUGUAAGCUCUUAACUAUGCCUCCUUUUAAUGUGUAAUUUCUUUCUGAAAUAAAAGUGUUUAUGAAU